UCCACCAGUACCUCGGUAAUGGCGGCGGAGCGCAGAGAGCUGGUGCAGUGUAGCUGGUGAGUGAGGCAGCAUCGCGCGAGCUGUGCCCCGUCGGGGUAACAUGUGUAUACCUGAGGUGCCGCGGCGGUUCGAGAAGCGCUGGAGUGAUCGUCAGAGCGUCGCCAGCCAGACGAAGGAUGCAACAGACGGAUAAUGGGAACACGCUCGCCACGCUCUGGCUACAGCACGUCUCACCAGGAAAGAUGUGAUCCGGAGGAGUAUGACUUCGAAGAUGUUUUAGACACCUACUCCCUGCCACUGGACGCUACCCCUGCAGCAGCAGCAGCGGCAGUAUCUUCCUCUUCGAUAAGCGGCGCUGAAGUGUACCGGCGCCCUGUGUACCGCUCGCCUCCAGCCGUCCGCAGAGCCCGACGCCCCGACCAGCCCACCCGACCACCGGACGCGCCGGCGGCAGCGACCCAGCAUCAUGACCGCCAGGGCGGCUCCUGCACCUGUAUCCUCCACACCACCACGGGGAGCAAGAGCCGCAGCAGGUCUCGGGAGCGUCGGCUGCUGGGCAUGGGUGACCUGGGCAGCGUACUGGUGGGCGGCGUGAGCGGUGGUGGGGGGCGUGGCAUCACCACUGGGCCGCCCACCCUGGGGAGUCGGCCAGCUGGUGCCACCCCAGGAAAUGGAGGGCAUGUUAGCCGAAGUGGAGGCGGCAACAACAGCAACAGCGGGUGUCUGGGCCUUUCCAGCUCGGGAGUCACCAGUGGCCGAUCCAUGGCGGUGGGCGGGGCAGUAGCGGCCACCAAUGGUGGCUCAGCAGGAUGCACCGGCAGACGAAACGUGCACCAGCCGGGCUUCCUAAAGACUGUAUCAAUCAUAGACACUCUCAGUGAGUUGGCUCACGGGCCUGAGGUGCGGCGCCUGGCCCAGGAGCCGCAGUCAAAGCGCCCAACGCGGCCACACUCCGGCUCGCGCGUAUCGUCCUCUCGGCAGCCACCAGGCUCCACCUCUGCAGGCGGGGGUGGCGGCGCUGCCGAGCCCGGCGAGGAUGCCUCAGUCCGUCCUCCCGGGCCGCCUGUCCUAUCAGCAGAUUUCCAACAAUACAGUGAAAAGAUCUAUGAUGCCGUGACCUCCCCCGGACCUGACCCAGGCUUGAGAGGAGGCCGUGCCAGUCGAGGGCGUGCCCAGGGCCUGGGGCACCGCAGGAGAGAGCGGCCCCAACCACGUGGGGAGGCUUGUCUUGAUGAGUCUCCGGGGGGCUCGGCUGUGGUGAACCAUGAACAGAGAAGAGAGGAAGACGAGGCCAGUAGAAGAUUGCGCCCUGAGCAUCGCGGGAGGGAGCGAGGCAGAACUCCAGACUGGAUAAAGAGGAUCUUUGACAUUGCCAAAAAGGGCGACCUGCCAUCACUGAAGCGGAGUGUGGCUGACAUGGAGGGCACACUCAUCCGCAACCUGAGUGACCACAGCGGCAACAACCUCCUGCACGUGAUGGCCGUGUUUGGCCACCUGGCGCCCCUGGCCUGGCUGCUCACCACACAGCAGGUCCUGGUCGAUGCCCUCCACGAUGAAAACAAAUUCGGUCUCACUCCGUUGGUCUGUGCAAUAAAGUAUGGGAGGCUGCGGUUGGUGCAGUGGCUGGUGGAGAACACCGGUGUGAGGGACAAGGUGCGCUGCAAGGAUGGGGAACGCUCACUUCUUCACAUAGCUGCCAAAUAUGCUCAAGAGGAGGUGGUUGGCUGGGUGGUGGAGUACAUGAUGGCACACCAGGUCCCUCUCGACAACAAGGAUCACAAUGGCAACACUGCACUCCACUUGGCUGCAAGGACUGGCAAUUCAGCUGUCUGUUCCAUCCUCCUGCAGCAUGGGGCAGAUGUGACCCUCAAGAAUGAUGUGGGCCAGAAAGCCUGGGAGGUGAGUGUGAUACGUGGCCACCUUGCCUGUGCGGAGUACCUCUGUGUCCAUGAAUCUGGCCUUGCCCUGGCCACUGACCUCACCCGCAGAGAGGCUGAGCUGGAGGCCGCCAUGGCAGACAAUCAUGACCUCAGAGUUAACUUCAAGGAGGUGCUGGGAGUGGCGCGUCGGCUGGUCAAGGAGCGGGAGGAGGUGGUGCGGGAGCUGUCUCGCUUGCAUGACCACAUGGUGGAGGCACAUGACACCAUCCUGGCCCUGAGAGUGCUGGCAGAGGAGAACAACUCCCUCAGAGACCGUGUCAAUGGUGUCAGGCAGUCCACUCAUGCCAGGGAACAGGUGGAGUCAGUCAUCGAGUACGUGAAUGGCCUGCAUGAGCGGUGGCAAGUUGCCCAGAAGAACUGGUUUGGGUCAUCGCUGGUGGACAUGGAACACCGGCUCUUGCUGGUGGAGGAGGCGUGGAAGAAGCUCCGCCACCGUAGCCACCGCACCGUUGCCACCACACACCACCCUCUGGAUGUGUUCAGGGCAAAGCUGUGCUCAGUGAGGGCCCAAGGGGGCGACUGUCGCCUGGGAGACUUUCCUUCUCUCUGUUCCUCUGAGGAAUCCCUUGUUUCACUCUUCCCCUUCAGUGAAGAGGAGGAUAUGUAUGAAGGUGUAGAGGACUAUGGGUGUCAUGCCUCUCCGGCACAAGCUGCCACUCUCACCUCCACUCCUGUUCGCCCUUCUGGAGCCUCAGGCAGCGUCCACGUCCGGGCCGAGACACUGCCUCCCCGCCUUGAUGCACUCUCACCUCGUGUUGGUCGCUCAGACGCUCUACAUGACACAGAUUACCUCAGUCGCAGUGAAGCCACCUUAACUGAUGACCAGGUUGCCGUUACAGACUACUGCCAGUCAGCCUCAGUCCUUCCACGAAGUACUUCCUCAAAAAACAAAGAUAAUUCUGUUCGCCCAUACUGGGCUGAUGCCAGCUUGAGUCCUGGCCUGGGGCUAAUCACAGAGCAGCUGGGUACUGGGUCUCCUAGUGGAGAGCGGUUGGGCAGAGAGGAAGUGAGUGCUCGUUUGCGAGAACUAGCACUCACAUCUGAGAGCGGGUCUUGCUCUGUUCUGGAGGUGAUAGAGCCUUCUACUGAUGAAAGUGAUGCCCAGCCUGAAGAAGACCCUAGUCACUCUGACCUCCAGUCAGGGUCCCUAGGAGUGGUUCCACCCAGGGCCAGUGAGGAAAGCAGCAGUGGUGAGACUCAGGGUUUGCGACCACCACCAGAUCGACGACAAAAGCGAGGUGCACGAAAUCGACAUGACGAGGGUGAAAACUGCAGCCGCACUGGGGAGGUGGCCACCACCUCAAGUGAGAGUGGUGCUGACCACCCACCACAUCCUACCCACCACACCACAACCUCUGAAAUGAAGCACUUUUUAGUGAGUGAGACAUCCCUGGGUGCCGCUGCGGCGGAUGUCUCAGAAAUGUGUGGACAGCGGCACAUGGGUGAUGGCGAGGGCAUGGAUGGGAUAGCCAAAGACCCGCCUGGAGCUGUCACCUCUGUGUACAAGCGGAAAGGGUUCCUUCACAAGUUCUCCAUCAAGCCACGGUGGCCCUCCAAACGAAAGGUGAAAACAGUGCGCAAAGUACCAGAGCUAAGUGCAAGAGAUUUCCAGGAGACAUAUGGGGGUGUGCGAGAGUCAUCACUUUCCCUGGGAGACACUGAUGCCCACACCACCACUGAAUCCAACACUUCCUCUAGUCAAGAGUACAGUAAUUCCUCUGAAGAAUCAUCCAUUGGUAAACCCACCACUUCCACCACGACCACCUCCUCCUCAACUGUCACUGCCCGUACCUCAGACCUCCCCGAGGCUGAGGCUGCACGCCACAGGACCAAAAGUGGUGCCUCUGCCUCAGAGAAGCAUUCUGAUGCUGCCGUCUCCGGCAGUGUAAGUGGUGGUACAGGCACAGGAGGGGCAGGGUCUUCCAGCCCUCCACCAGUGCCCACCCGCCGCAAGCUGCUGCCAGAGGAAACGCUUCCCCCGUCUCCUUCAUCGUCAUCCCCACCAGCACCUCCUGAAUCAGAGCUGGAGUGCCUGGAGGAAAGUCUGCCACCAGUCCCGGAGGAGACCACACUUAAACCUGGCGGGGAGGCACGUAGCCUGGCUGCUUCUGAAGACUCGGGCAUUGUGGCAAGACCAGCGUCUAGUGCCUCCAAAUCUGAUUCUGUGUCACGGCCUGAGUCCUCUUCCUCUUCCUUCCCGCCCUUCAAGAGUGAGUUUCCCCUGCAGAAAGGGUUUUCCUUGACGCAGGACUUGCUCCCCACCCCAGACUCCAGCACUGCUGGCAGAAUGUCGCCAGCACCCAGUGAAGUCAGCAAGACAGAGUCAGCACUCUCCCCACCUUCCCAUGCCUCAGAUGUAAGCAAGAGUGAAUCUGCACGACAGCUGAGCUUGGGCAAGGGUAGUGUUGGGGGAAGUAACAGUGUCAGCAGCAAGGAGGGUUCAGCAUCUUCCUCAUCAGACUACUCCUUGACCCUGCUGCCCCUGAAGAAGCAAAUCAAUGUCAAAACAGCAGCCAUCAUUGACAUCUCCUGUGAGCAGAAGACCAAGAAAGCAGACACCAGCCCUAUCCUCACCUCUUCAACUAGAGGAGAGUCAGGAUGCUCAAAGAAGGAGGAGAAGCCAUGGUAUGAGCUGUCUGAUGAAGAGUCUGACAUCUUGCUGCCAGACCGCCUCACCACAAAGGUCAUACCCAGACAUUCCUCCUCUGAGGAUGAGACUGAGGUCUGCUGACA